AUGGAGGGGAACCCGCACCUGCUGCAGCUCGUCCGCAAGAUGCGCUCCCAAAUCCGCCAGCUGGAGAGGGAGAACCGGGCCCUGAAGGGAGAGCUGCGGGGCUGCGGGCACACGGCGCUGCCGGCACCGCGACAGGGGAGCGGCCCUGGUGCGGAGGGACCGGCGGCAUCCUCAGCAUCCUCAGCAUCCCCAUCAUCCCUGCAGGGCGGCGCCGCGGCCGCUGCAGCGCCCAGGGAGCACACAGAUGCUGCCAUGACUGUGAGACGCUACCCCAGUGCCUCCCCAGCUCCUUCCAGCACCAGGUCCCCCUGGGCUGGCAGGCAGCCCCCCAGCACCCCUGGGCUCCUGCAGGUGCCACCAGCCCCUCCUGCUGCAGCACGGCCCAGCAGGGAGCACGAGGAAGGGCUUGGAAGAUCCCCAGCCAGCUGUGUCUCCUGCAGCCCCUCCAGCAAGGCGCAGCUGUUCCAGGAGCGUGUCUGCAAGUGCCAGGGUAAAGUGAAGGCUGUGAGUUUCCUCUUACCAAAAGAGAUGUCAUCAUUUGCUGAAAAGCAAGGAUCUCCCAAAAGCCCACAAAAUCAGAGCACGAAACAUCUGAUGACCAUCACUGAAAAGGACAUGUGAGCUGGUGAAUUUUUAAAGGCCCAUUGAUUCCUGAGAUCAAUUGGCCUUAAAUGAGAGCUGAGUGUCAGGUUCCUCUCCUGCAAAACGUUCUGGCAGGAUGCCCACAGAGCAUCACCCAGCCCUGGUUUGGGUCACUGGCCUGGUGUUCAGUGUGGAAAUGGAGCCACAGCAAAGCAGCUGGGAGCCCAGACCCUGGGAUGGAGCACACAAAGCAAAGGGGCCUCACACAGUGCUCCUGUGCAGUGUGCUCAAGCACCCCUCACCUCAGCACUGAUGGGAACUGGGUGCUGCAGCUGGGGUUGGUGUGUUUGUCACAAAAAGCAGAAACUGCGUCACCACUUGUGUUUGCUGAUUCCCUUGACAGAAAGGUGUCUGGUGCAAAUGACAAAAUAAGAACUAUCAAAGAGCCUGGGAGGUUUUCUCUGUAGGUAAAACUUUCAGGCUUCACUAACACAGCAAAGUUAAGGAGAUAUUUCACAGUCAGUUAAUGUUGCCCUGAAUUUCUGCAAAGCUUGGCAAUGAGUUUAUGUCCUUUUGGGGUUCACUUCCAACAGAGCACAGGGCAGAGUAAGUACUUAUUGGUAUGAAAAUGUGACCACAAAUCUCCUUCUCACAUGGUGUGCUCAUCCAGCUGGAGACUAAAGGCUGGACACCAAGUCAAAAUAGGAAGAACUGUGAAUAUCAGAAUUUUUUAGGAAUGGAUUCUCAGCACAGCUCAGAUCAAAAAUAAUUAGCAGAAAUUCAGCAAGCAAGUACAACAUAACUGUGAGAUAGAACUACAGACAGCUUGCAAAAAAUGAGCAGUGCUUGUUAGUCUAAUCAUAUAAGUGAAGAUAACAUUCCAUGUGUUUAUUUUGAUUACAACUAUUUAUGGAAUCAAAAUACUGCACACUGCUAUUUAUUUCUGUACAGGAAGCACUGAUGAUUGAAUAUUGUAUGAAGAAUACAUGAAUAGUAGAUGUUUGUACAGAUAAAUUUAAGGAAGAUUUUAAUCACAUUGUGUGCUCCUAAAGUCUUGAGUUUUCUAAGGGGGAAGCAGAGACUUAAUAGGAAAAAAAACCCUCUGGAAUUUCCAUGAUGUUGUCUACUUCUGUGAAAUUGUGUGUUUCCUUUUUCAUUUGGAAUUUCACCAUAGUUUUUUUUAUAUUCAAGUGUGGUUUUAAUAUAUUGUCACCAUUGAAGUCAUAAUUUCAGUUUCACUACUAUUUUAUUUGUGUAUUUUUAUGUUCAGCUUGGAUCCAUACAGAGUUGCAUUCUAAUGUCAGAAGUAAUGAAUGAAUGCAAACGAGGGUCCAGUUUGGAAAGUUUACUGAACAGCCCAUUUUAGAAAGCUUUACAGGGAAGGUUUUAUAAAUGUUUUAAGGAAAGCAUCAUUUGUGGGAAUUAAACACUGCAUAUGUGUUCAAUUAA